UUCUUUCUCCACUGUAGAAUCUUCAGUCUUAGACUUGCGUCUCCUGCUCGCCCUCUGCUUCUGUCUUUCCAUCCGUAGCCUCCACUCCACUCCCGUCCCUCCUACGCCGACUAAUAUUCUUCCAAUCUCUUCAUAUAUAGCAACAAAGAACGUACUUUAAGGAAGGGAGAGAGAGUCCACGAUCUUCGCGUGCCCGCGCGUGCUUUCCUUUCGUGCUGGAGCGCGUCUUCCCUCGUUUCUACUUUCCUUCCAUCUCUUCUUCUACUUGCCACUUUUGCAUACAAAGAGAGAAGGGGAAGAGAUGGGAGAGAGAAAGGAGGGAUUUUUUUGAGUGGGCGAGGGGGGAAUGGAGUGGGAGAUGGCUUGUGCGGCUAAUAAUAGUGAUCAGAGCAACAGGGGAGAGGGGGAGGAGAGGAGGGGAGGAGGGGAAGGGAUGACGGACGGGGUGUUGUACAUGAAGGUGAUGACCGACGAGCAGAUGGAGGUGCUCCGCCGCCAGAUUUCCGUCUACGCCACCAUCUGCGAGCAGCUCGUCGAGAUGCACAAGGCCGUCACUGCGCAGCAGGACUCCCUCGCAGGAAUGAGACUGGGGAGACUGUACUGUGAUCCUCUGAUGACACCUGGGGGCCACAAGAUCACUGCAAGGCAGCGGUGGACUCCAACACCCAUGCAGCUACAAAUUCUUGAGAGCAUAUUUGAUCAAGGCAAUGGGACUCCAAGCAAGCAGAAGAUAAAAGAUGUUACUCUUGAACUGUCACAGCAUGGUCAGAUCUCUGAAACAAAUGUCUAUAACUGGUUCCAGAAUAGAAGGGCACGGUCAAAGCGGAAGCAGAGUGCUGCAUUACCAAAUAAUACCGAUUCCGAAGUAGAGGCAGAUGAUGAAUCCCCAAGUGAAAAGAAGCCGAAGUCAGAGAAACAUACCCAUGAAAGCCUGCCUUCAAGAAUAGAUGAUAUCUCCAUUCAUGGAACACAAAUGAACCCUGAGUUGCGUUCUAUAGAUCUGGAGACCAAUCCAAGACAGGGCAUGUAUGCAUCAAAUGGCAUUUCAAGGUCUUAUGGCACUUUAGGCCAAAUGCCUUUCUAUGAGAAUGCUCUAUCAAACUCAAGAUUUGAUCACUUGAUUGGGAAGAUGGAAAUUCCUCGAAGUUUUAGUCCUUGUCAACAAGGAGAGAGCUACGACUUGAUUGGGUAACAUUCUAGUUUUAGUUUUUGCUGAUCGUAGCUUCCACGCUGACAAACUGGUGAUAUUUCAAGGAAUGCUAAAAAUUGUUUGGAGGAUUGUAGUAUACGCUCCUCACAGAAUACUUUCUACAACGUGCGCAUGCAUCCUGAGAUUCUGAAGACUUAUGACUGUUUGGCAUCCUUUGAAUAGGUUGCUGAUUUACUCUUAAUGCAGAUCCUAAUGGUGAAAAGAUCCAUUAUUAAGAUGUAGUCAGUCUUGUUUGAUUUCGCUGCUACUCUGCUUAAAUUAUAUAGUUAUAUAACUAUGUUCAAGCAUGAUACUUUGGCACUAAACUUCUACUUUGAUGAUGGGGGAGCCGCACAAAGGAAAUGAAUAUUAGAAAAUGGAGGUUCGCAAUGCCUAGACUGAUAUACGAUCAUGCUGAAACUUUCCAAGUUGGAAACCUCCAUUCUCAUUCCCCCCCUCCAUAGCAUCUAAAUAGAGCUAUUCUCUUAGAAGGUUUUUGGUUCCACAAAGAGUGAUAUCAUGCUCGAAUAAAACUCGACAGUUCUCUGUAAAAGUUAUUUGUCGAUUUGAAGGUUUAAUGGAGGCAAAAUUGGCGGAAGUAACAGAAUGGUGAGCAGUCGUGAUCAUUUGCAAAAGAUUGUCCGAUCAUUCUAGUACUCUAUUGGCUAGUCAUUUUAACAUAACAAAUCAGUGCAGAAUGGCCAAACUGUUCAUUAAGUGAUCCAUUCCACUUACUAGGGCAUAAAGAUUGCAGAUAUGCUGCUUCUAUCCUAUGACAAAAGUGGACGCUGGCAAGCCGUUGGGAGAGCAGACAUCCAAAUGUCCAAAUCUUCACAAUCCUUCUCUUAUUUUUUUUAUUUGUUAAUUUUUCAUAUUUGUUGGUAUCCGAUCUCCCUUUGGAUACUAGGAACAACAAUGAAAAUGUUCUGAAGUGCAAACAGAGACAUGUUUAAUAGCAA